AGAUUCCCACUUGUUAGUUUGACUACUAUCCAGUGCGACGAUCGGCUUUCCUAGCGACCCCAGCAAAGGUGCGAGCCAUGUCUAGACCCCAUGGGGCUACGUUGAAUUCGCAUGUUUCCCAAGCGUUGCAAGCCGAAGGAGCGAUAGCCUCCGCCACCUCUCAGAAAGCGGCUCUGGAAGCUGCCAUCAAUGCCGCUGAAUAUUACAUGAAAGCUCUGCGUAUCGCACCCUCUGAUGAUAAAGUUCAACUCGAUGCUAAAUGCAAGGAACUCAUCACCCGUGCGGAGCGGAUCAAGGCGGCCGCGGACUGGCAAUCGGCGGCCCGCCAGAAACCUGUCUCCAAGUUGCAGCCACCCACGUCCAAGCGCAAGCUCACGACUCGUGAAGAGAUUAUCGUGCUAGAGGGGGCAAAGCUUAAUGGAUUUAUCUUUCCACCAUGGGAGCGCGCACCGACCCCGGUCGAAUUCGAACAGCCAUUCACAGAUUCUCCUGAUCUGCAAAUAUCUGGUUGCCAAACAAAGAUCUUCGCUGGGUGGAAACGACCCUUCGAGUUACUACAUGCCAAAAAUGUUGCAACCCAGACACAAGAUGUGGAGAAACCCGUAAUGUCUGUCAAAGGGACUUCUGAUCUAGUGCAAGAUGUCCUCACCGAUUGCUCUGUAGUUGCUAGUCUAUGUGCGACUACGUCAAGAUCAGAGCGGGGGCUGGGAGAGCAUGCUUCGCCAGCUAUGUAUCCCCGUGAGCGUGGCUCGGAUGAACCUGCUCUCUCACCCUCAGGGAAAUACAUCUUUUGUUUUUACUUUAAUGGAGCAUUUCGAAAAGUCGUCAUAGAUGACCGGUUACCAUCGUCAAAUACACAACGAUCACUUCAUGUGAUUGACCGCAAUCACUCAAAUUUCUUAUGGCCUGCGUUGGUUGAAAAAGCAUACCUGAAAGUCCGUGGGGGCUAUGAUUUCCCAGGGAGUAACUCCGGGACUGAUCUCUGGGUGUUGACUGGAUGGAUCCCUGAGCAAGUCUUCCUCCAUAAUGAGGAUGCCACGUCAGAGGAGAUCUGGGGCCGAUUGUACCAGGCAUUCUCUUAUGGCGAUGUUGUGCUGACUAUUGGAACCGGCAAACUGACCGAGAGGGAACAACAAGGCCUGGGCUUGGUCAGCGAGCAUGACUACGCGAUUCUCAACAUGAAGGAGAACAACGGACGGCGCCAGUUCCUACUCAAGAACCCAUGGGCAGGCGCAGAGCCUAGCAUUAUACAGAACGGCAGACUCGACCCGAUACACUCUGAAAACCAACCAUCCCCUCUGUCUCCUGGCACCUUCUGGAUGGAUUGCGAGCAGGUCUUUCAAAACUUUGAAAAUCUCUAUCUCAACUGGAACCCUGGCUUAUUCAAGUAUCGUGAAGACAUACAUUUUACAUGGGACCUUACACAAGGGCGGGCUCUUUCAGGUUGCUUUGUCAGGAACCCUCAGUUUUCUGUCUACAGUGAAGGGGGAGGGACUGUUUGGUUGCUGCUGGGCAAGCAUUUCAAGACGGACGACCAUAAUUACCUAAAGCACAAAGGCGGUGCUCUUGGUUUUAUCAGCAUCUACAUUUUCCAAGCUGGUGGAAAAAGAGUGUCCCUGAAUGAUGGGGCUUUGCAUCGUGGGCCCUACGUUGAUUCCCCCAACACUCUCAUGAGACUCGAAAUGCCUCCACGGACUACCUACACUGUCGUGAUAUCGGAGCAGUCCUUACCAUCAUCCAGUCAGAACUUUACACUCUCAGCGUUCUCGACAUCUCCAGUUUUACUGGCCCCUUCCAGAGACAAACACAUGUGUCUAAAGAAAGCGAGCGGCUCUUGGACAAUAUUGACAGCCGGCGGCAACGCAGAGUCUGCGCGAUACUCCUCCAACCCACAAUUCAGUCUCGAGGUUUCUGAAAAGACCGACGUAUCAAUUCUCCUGGAAACUGAGGCCGAGCUAGCAACGCACGUGAAACUCUUCUGGUCCAACGGCCAGCGCAUCGCGAGAGUCCGAAGCCGCGACAUCAUUGCAGACAGUGGCGACUAUCGCCGCGGGUGCGCUCUGGCCGAAACUAAAUCCCUCGACAAGGGUCUAUACACCAUAGUAUGCUCCACCUUCGCACCGGAUCAACUUGGCCGGUUUGAACUUUGGAUCUCAUCCUCGAUUCCAUGCGUGGUGCGACCACUCGCAUCUGAAUCCGCCGGUCGUCGAAGAACUGUAUCUAGUAUUGGUAUUCUGACCCCAGGACAAGACCGCAUGCUGGCACCACUACGAGUGUCUCGAAUGACCCGAAUCAAAUUGAUUGCGAAGAGCAAAUCAUCCACGAUAGAGUCUCGUUCUGUUGCCCCAUCGCCUGUCUUGAUGACCGUGGAACUGGGCCAGGGUCCAUACAAGAAGACACUGGCUGUGUCUGAGGAUGGCAGCCAUUGUGAUGCUCCCUCGGGGGUGCGUGUGGAUGACUUUGAUCUCUCGCCGAGUCCGGACUCCCGGGGGAAGAUUUGGAUUGUCAUUGAGCGCAUUGGAGGGCCUGGGGGACAAGUGGAGGAUCAUUUCGAGGUUGAAGCUCUGGCUGAAGAGCGAGUGGAAAUUGGCGAGUGGAUUGUCGAAGAUGCUUGA